AUGCCAGCCCCCAUAAAACCUUCGUUUAUCGAAACUGUUCGUCAUGAUGUCUACGAAACUAUUGAUCCUCGAACAACGUUAGUCAAUAAAGCUCAUGGAAAAACUGUUCUCAUUACAGGAGCAGGUCGUGGUAUUGGUCGAGCAAUUGCAAUAGCUUUUGCACAUGCUGGAGCCAGUCGAUUGAUUCUUACAGCACGAACAGUGUCUCAGUUAGAACAAGUCGCUAAUGAAAUCAAGACAAUAGCGAACAAUAUAGAAGUUAUUAACGUUGAAACAGAUGUCGCAAACGAAUCUCAAGUGGAAGCUCUUUUCCAUGGAAUUAAGGGUGUAGUAGACAUUCUGGUAAAUAAUGCAGGCUAUAUUGAACGCAAUAACCCUUUAGGGGAGACUGACAUGAAAGAAUGGUGGUCUAUAUGGGAAAUUAAUGUCAAAGGAACUUACCUACCUACUACGUAUUUCUUGAAAAAUUAUAAAGGUGCUGGGACGAUCAUAAACACAUCGUCAAUUGGAUCUAUUGUGACGACUCCUGGCUAUUCUGCUUAUCAGCCUACAAAGACGGCCAUUAAUCGCAUAACGGAUUUCAUCCAUGUGGAAUAUCCCAAUGCGAGAGUUUUCAGUUAUCAUCCAGGUGGUGUGCAGACUGAACUAGCAAAACGUCUUCCUGAUAACAUGUUCGUAUUGGAAGAUAAACCUGAACUCGCGGCUGGAUACUGUGUGUGGCUCACAACAGAUGAAGCUGAUUUUUUAAGAGGACGCUAUUCAGACUGCACUUGGGAUGUUACUGAAUUAUUGAAAAAUGCCAAGAUGAUUGUCGACAUGGAUUUGCUCAAGGAAGAGGUCAAAAUGGGCUAA